AUGUUUGCCUUGAAACCAACACUAAUCACUCUUUACACCCUGCAUACACUCUUUACCGUUGUAUUUUCGGCAACCAUAACUAUUCGUGUUGGUGAUGGGGGCAACCAGUUUGUACCAAACACUGUUUCGGUUCACUUGGGUGAUGUUAUUGAAUGGAUAUGGAGUAAUUCAACAAAAGGGCUCCAUUCUGUCACUCAGGCAGACAAAGCAGACUCUUGUAGUCAAUUGGCUGGUGGAUUGUUUGCCGGCGUUGGCAUUUUAUUCAUCCCAUGCGCGGUUUGCAUCUAUUGGAGAUGCAAAGCCGUUAAGGAGCGGAAGGAGAUCGACAAACUGAACUCUGCAAAUAAUAGUCAACAAUCAUCAUCAAGUGGGGGACGAAGCAAUGGGUCACGUACUAAGAAGCGCGAUAACGGCCCGGCGAUAUUCUUCCUAAAGGGAGAAGCCACACAAUAA